AUGCUGCGCGACGUUGCGCUGGGGUCGUGGGAGUUCUCGGCCUCGUUUUGCGUCGGGCGCAGUCGCGGCUGUGAGGUCAGUAUCGUGACGUCGGAGGACACGCGCACGGUCAGCAAACGGCACGUGGGCUUUAUGCCUCUCACCGAGACGUUUACUACGACUGCUGGCUAUGGCAAACGUCGCUGGCUCGUCCACGAUCUCGAGACAAUGAAUGGCACCGCAGUGAACGGAGAGGAGAUUCCUGCCGGUGGCAACCGAGAGCUCCGAGGUGGGGACGAAGUGGUGCUGGCCUCGGCCAUGAGGCAGUGCGUGCGGCUGCAGGUCCAGUUCUCAGACGAAGCGCGCUCGCGCAUUGUGGUCAAAGCACUUGCGUGCUCGACUGCGCCGUCGCCUGCGCCACUGCACCGUCGUCUCGUGACUCCAGGGACAUUGGCUCGCCGCUCGCCACGUCGAAACGUUGUGACAACCGCAUCGGUAGCGGCAACGGGCUUGGACCGGUCAAUGGCUACGAUUGCUGGUAGUCCAGCAGUCAUGAGGACGGGCUGUCGAUCGGGCCGAGUUGCGGGAACACUGGGAAGUGAUGCGAAUGCGACGACGCCGCUGCCACAGAGUGUUUCGCAGAAGCGGAGUCGGGCUAGUCCGAGGCAUGUAGUAGGUGAGGUGAAGAAUGUGGAGAGGAAUGACAAGCAACAGAACACGCCACAGAGUCAGCAGAGGAAGCGCUCUCGACGUGGUGGAAUAAAUGAAGAAGGAGACGAAGCAGUAGCGCGAGGAGGUGCAGCAACGGAAGAGGAAGUUGUUUCAGCUGCGAAAAAAGCUCGGGAGCAUGAAGAAGAAAAAGAGCGGCUCAUGAUGUGUUCUGUGUGUCUGGAAUACUUCCACGGCAGUGCCACGCUACCGUGCUCGCACACGUUCUGCGGAUACUGCAUCAGCAAUUGGUUCCGCCACUCGCUGUCUUGUCCCGAAUGCCGGAACGUCGUCAAGACGGUUCCCGUGCGCAACCGCGCCCUGGACGAGCUCGUGGAGCGACUGGUAGGCCAUACCGAAGCGUACAAGUCCCACGUGCGCCGUCGAGCACGGAUGCAGCGACGGCUUGUCGAAUCACGCCAAUACACUUGUGGAAGUAGCGACGACAAUGGGGACGUGUCUGAAGGCGCUGUUCGUGGCGUGGGCUGUCUACAGCUUGGCAGGACCAGCACUGUGGAGUCGUCCAGGGCGCAUACCAGCGUUUUCACGCGUUGGUCGGUCGAUAAGAGACUCGUGUUCUCUGCUUACAUCAGCAAUCAGUUCGGCGAGACGCGCCUCGCUACGUGCAAGAAGGUGGGCCUCACGCAGCUUGCACUGGACGCUUCGAGCAUGAACGAGCUGAUCACCGUCGCGCAGAAUCUACUGCUGGACUGCGUUGGCCUCCGCAUGACGAGCAACGAGUGCCGCCAACGCCUCAAGAUCUUUGUGCUGUUUGGCUGA